CACAUAAGCAUUUUCUUUAGGGUGAACGACGCGUACUAUCCAACAUAAAGAUUCUUCAUCAUUUAAGGAACUAUUAGCUUGAAAGCGGCAUGAGUGCGUCUGAAGGUUUGUUGUUCGCUACAAGUUCAUCAUACAUAGCCGUGGUUGCUAUUGAUUUUGGGACCACAUACAGUGGUUUUGCUUUUGCUUUCAACCACAAGAAGGGAGAAGGAGGCAUUCAUAUGAACAGAGCCUGGGGACAUGACCAGGGAACUGCUACCCUUAAAACACCUACCUCUCUGCUUCUUCACCCUGAUGGUAGCUUUGAUUCAUUCGGAUACGAAGCGGAAGAAAAGUACGCCAACUUCUUUAAUGGUGAAGAUCGAGAUUAUCUUUACUUCAAACAUUUCAAAAUGGCACUACACAAGUCAGAGACAUUAGACAGAAAUACAAAGCUGACAGCUCGAAAUGGAAAAAAAAUUGAUGCUUUGGUUGUUUUUGCCCACUCAUUGAGGUAUCUCAAAGAUCGAGCUAUCGAAAUCAUUCGCGAGAGAACUGGAGACGAAAAGUAUAAUGAAAAGGACAUUCGGUGGGUCAUAACAGUGCCUGCCAUUUGGAGACCCGCUGCCAAGCAAUUCAUGAGAGAAGCUGCAUGUAAGGCGGAGAUGGUAUCAAAUAAGAACCCUGAACAGCUGCUUAUUGCCUUGGAACCAGAAGCAGCCUCUAUACACUGCAGAGAAAUGAAGAUGAGAGAAUUCGCCAAUGAGAAAGGAGAUGCCACUGUGUCUGACGUCUUUGCUCGACCUGGGUCAAAAUACCUUGUUAUUGAUAUCGGAGGCGGGACUCUUGACGUCACAGCUCAUGAAAUCUUAAUGAAUGGAAACAUUAAAGAAAUCUAUCAGGUGACAGGAGGACCUUAUGGUGGAACCAAAGUUGACGAGGAGUUCAUGUCCCUACUUGAGAGGUUUUUUGGAACUUAUCAGGUGAAAAGCUUCCGUGAAAACCACCCAGCAGAAUGGCUGGAGAUGAUGAAUGAAUUUGAGAUGAAGAAGCGAGGGCGCCGAGCUUACGAGGGUGAAACAACCAGAAUUCGCCUUCCUCGUACCUUUACUGCACUGGUUUCAGAGCAAGGUGGGCCUGAUCUGGCGAGACGAUUUGCAAGUUCUUGUACAACUGAUGAUGUCCAAUUCGUCAGAAAUGAAUACUUCUGUAUAGGACCAGCGACCAUGAAAAAAUUGUUUGAACCGGUUCUGAAAGGAAUAGUGAAGCACCUGAACAAUCUUCUUAAGCAUCGUGAGCUCCGUGGGCUGCAAUUUUUCUUUCUUGUUGGAGGUUUCGCCGAGUCAGCGAUACUUCAGGAUGCAAUAAAGAAAAACUUUCAGCGGAGAUGCAGAAUUUUAGUUCCAAGCAAUGCUAGCAUUGCAGUUGUUCAAGGUGCAGUUAUGUUUGGCCAAACACCUGACAUUGUCGACUCUAGAAUAAUGUCUACGACUUACGGCUUCGAUACGUACCGCCGGUUUAACCCCAGUCUUCACCCAAUUGACAAGCAGCGCUUUGUUGACGGUGUAGCCUACUGCAAAGAUUGCUUUGUGGUUCUUGUUAAAGAGAAUGACAUUGUGAGGACAGGUGAAAAGAAAGUCUUCGCUGAUUACAGCCCAUUGGAAGGAAGUCAAACAGCAGUUAGGUUCAGUUUUUUCACCUCCACCAAUCCUGACGCCAAAUACUCAACAGACGCUUCAGUUAGCAAGUCCAUAGGGGAGGUUGUCGUCAAAUCACCUGACGUUACAAAAGGAACCAGCCGAAUGAUUGACCUGGCGAUAGAGUUUGGCGGAACUGAGAUUAAAGCCACUGCAAUAGACAAGAGCAGUGGGAACACUGCCACGGUGUAUCUUGACUUCCUGUGCAAUAAGGAUUAAAAAUCACCGAAAAUCACCUGAGAAGAUAUGAAGUCCACGAGUGAAUGUAUGCGAUAAACCUGUCUGCGUUUUAGGGACAAUAUUUUCGUAUGUUAUCAUUGUAUCGCGUAGAACUGAUUUAUCCCUAAAGUUUUUGUAAACCUCUAUUUUAGUCUCCGUGUGUAUGGAGUCCAUCAUGAACAACUCCAGCAUAUCGAAGCUAAACCUGACGUUAUGAAACAUCUUUGAACUUCGUUAUAUAACUGAAAUACUAGACUCAGACCGGACCGGACCUACGACCUAAGACCUAGGACCGGCCCUAGGACCAGGAAAGUGUCAAGAUAUCCACUAAUAACAAAUUCUUGAAUUCAUGGAAAGUCCAGUUUUGACGCUUUCUUUUAACGAAGUGUAAUAUUAAAUAA